AUGAGUUACCUUCCCGGGCUUCUUACGUUGCAUCAUUCCCUCGAAGCCUCAAACACAAUUUAUCCCUUCAUCGCCCUUCACACAGACUCCUUUCCCGAGGAGGGUCGCGCCGCCAUCGCCGCCCGAGGGAUACCCCUCCAACGGGUACCUCGGCUAAGUCCCCAAAAACGAAGAGACUAUUCGAGCGAGCCGCGUUUCGAAGACACAUGGACCAAGCUGACCGUCUUCUCUCUCACCGCGUACAGCCGGGUCGUCCUGCUAGACUGCGACAUGCUCGUGCGCAAGAACAUGGACGAGCUGAUGAUGGACCUGCCGCUGGACCCCGCCGCAACAAGCACCUCCACCACUGCCGGCACAAAGGUCUUCGCCGCCGGUCAUGCAUGCACCUGCAACCCCCUCAAGAAGCCCCACUUCCCAAAGAGCUGGGUGCCGGCCAACUGUCCAUUCACAUCCCACCACGCCAACCCCGGUGCAGCUCAGACCAACGGCGCGGAUCUCACUCGGCAACCGCUCGGUCUCCUGAACAGCGGUCUUCUCGUCGUGGUCCCCUCCGCAGCCCAUUACGCUGCGAUAGUAGACUGCGUCAAGAACGCACCUGCAGAGUGGGUAUUUCCUGAUCAGGACCUCCUCGCAAAUCUGUUUCGGGGACGAUGGGUCGGGUUGCCGUACGUGUAUAACGCGCUGAAGACGCUGAGGUGGCACGGCGUGCACGAUGCUAUUUGGAGGGAUGAGGAAGUCAAGAACAUUCACUACAUCUUCAGCCCCAAACCCUGGGCUGAUAAUAAAGGCGAUGCAUCGGGUCACGACGAGUCUCACCAGUGGUGGUGGGCGGCGGACGGGGAACGCAGGGCACGGGAGGAAGCCGGUGGGAUUGCUGACGGAUACUGA